AUGGACCGACACUAUUCGACCCUGGAACUCGCUAAACACGAUGAGACUGCUAGAGCUCCAGAACGCGACUACGAUGCGACAGCCUUUGAGCUUGAUACAAGCGCUCUAGCACCCGAGACUGUACCUGAUACAACCCCACAAGUGCUCUAUGAUAAUUCAUUACCAGAGGCUCAUGGCAACGAGAAGCCUACUGAGGAACACCUUCAUGUCACCAAGCUUACACGCAAAUGGCCAUGGAUUGUUAUAGCGUUGAUUCUUGCUGCAGUCAUCGCUAUUGGAGUCUCGGUUGGGAUCUGGCAUCACCGCGAGUAUUCGUUAUAUAAGCCUCCUAGAGUUAGCAGCCCUCCGGCGCCGAAUAUCACAUAUACCCCUCAAUAUAUCCUUAACGAUACAUCUCUGGCAGCCGUGUCCCUCUCUAAUGGGGACCGACACUUAUUUUUCCAGGAUAAUACUGGUUUGAUCCGACGUGCGGUUCGUGUUGAAUCUAACGGCCAAUGGACCACGAGCCCGAAUCUCAAUGCCAGUGCGGAUCCUUCUUCCAAACUCAGCUCCAACCCCAAGAGGAAUACGCCGUUGACAGCAAUCGGCCCUACAGAUGGCCCACUUGGAAAAGAUAUGUCGCUGUACUACAUUUCAGAAAACCAUACUGUGUGUUCAAAUGUAUUGAGCCAAGGCUCUUGGCGUCAAGAUCAAUACUUUGGGAACUACAGCACCGCAGUGGAUACGCGCUCACUGUCCAUAAGCCUUAUUCCCAGCGGCAAAUGA